AUGAUCAGCACACCAGCCAACGCAGUUGAUGCGCAAUCACAACCCAGCUGUUUUAUCAGUUCUCCAAUCUGUGUCUUCCUUCUGCGGCCUUUUGACGUCAGGCUCCUCAUCUGUAGUACAAAGUCGGAGUCUUCCAUUCUUUUACCAGUAGCCACUGAUUGCUUGUUGGAUCAUAGUUUUGCAAACAGAACGAUUCUUAGUCAUCUUAUUGAUUGCUGUGGAAAAUCAAUGGCUUUCAGCGUUUCAUACCACCCACCUCCCAUAAGGCCGUUGAAUCAGCGUAUUAGUGGAGGAUUGGAGAGCAGAAUAUAG